AGAGAGAGAGAUUGAACUUCUCUUUGAUUGAUAUUCUUGCUUCUUCGAUUUUGUUGCUGAUUGGCUGCUUAAUUAUUGGAAUUUGGGUGCUGAAUUUUGAUGGGUUUUCAAUAAAAAUACGAUCUUUAACUCUUGUUAUUUCAGUCCCCAAAUAGUGGUUUAAGUAAUUAAAUUUAACUAGCAGAAUAUUCUGCCGUGUGUUUCUGGAAAACCUCCUCGGAUUCUGCUAAAGAGUGUUUUGUGGAGUAAGAAUAAUUAUCUCUUAGAAUAAGAAAAAAACCAAAAUUAGGGCUGCCCUGUUUCUGUAGUUCUUGAUUUUAUAGAUAGAUAUAUAGAUAAAAGAAUGGUGCAAUCAAUUGCUGCACCUUCCAUUUUAGGGCACCAACCGAUUUAUGGAAGUUAUUAUUUCAAGAAUGUCUUAAACAAGAAUAGCCCUUCAUAUCUUUCAACUUCUAUAGGAAGAUGGCCAAUUAUCCCUUCGGUAAAAUCGAGGGCAAUAGAGUUGAACAAAAGGGCGUAUUCGAGUCGUAAAAGGGCCGAUUAUCUCGAAAGAAUUGGUUGUGGGUUGGUAGGUGCAAUAUUCGAGCUAGAAGGAGUGUUAAUCGAAUAUAACCCUAAUCUUGAAAACCAAUGUUGGUCGAUUUUAUCUCGAGAAGAAGGAAAAACUCCUCCACAAGGUUUCGUUCUUCGUAGAAUAGAAGGUAUGAAGAACGAGCAAGUGAUAUCGGAGGCUCUUUGUUGGUCGAGGGACCCACGGGAAACGAAGAGAAUGUCGAUUAGGAAGGAGGAGAUUUACCGAUCUCUGCACGGCCCGGUUUAUACGUUCCGACCCGGUUCGGAGGAGCUAGUGAACAGUUUGGCCCGCCACAACGUGCCGAUGGGUUUGGUUUCGACCCGACCGAGAAAGUACCUCGAGGCGGGUAUUCGGGCUAUCGGGCUCGACCGGGUCUUUAGUGUGGUUGUGGCGGGGGAGGAUUUUAGUAGGGGGAAACCCGACCCAGAGAUGUUUGUGUACGCGGGUCGGGUCAUGGGUUUCGCGCCCGAGAGGUGCGUGGUGUUCGGGAACUCGAAUCGGACGGUUGAGGCGGCUCGAGAUGCACGGAUGAGAUGUGUCGCGGUCGCCAGCUGUCAAGCGGUGUACGAGCUUGGGGCGGCGGAUGUGGUGGUGAGGCGGCUCGAUGAGAUCACCGUGGUUGAUUUGAAGAAUCUUGCGGAUGUUGAGCCGGACGAAUUCGAGUUCCAGAUGGAGGUUGAUGAAGAUUUCUUGUGAUAAAUUUUAGAAUUAUUAAAAAAAAAAAAAAAAAAAAAAAAAAAAAAGAGGGUAAAUGUGUUUACAAAACGAUUCUUCUAUUAAUAUUUAAUAUUGUGUUGUACAAUAAUA